GGUGAGGUGGAGGCGGGGCCCGGGGCGAGCCAGGAACCAGCUCCAGGCCGGCCGCUGUGACCUGCUGCGCCGUAUCCCGGCAGAGUCGGGGCCAGGUGGGAAAAGACGCUUCCGGAGCUUUGAGGACUGGAAGUUGCUGGAGCCCCUGGAGGGAGCGGCUGGAGCAGAGCCCAAAAUGGCACAGUGGGAGAUGCUGAAGAAUCUUGACAACCCAUUUCUGGACCAGCUGCACCAGCUAUACUCACAAAGCAUCCUGCCAAUGGACGUCCGUCAGCACUUGGCUGCUUGGAUUGAAGACCAGAACUGGAGGGAAGCUGUGCUAGGCAAUGAUAAUUCCAAGGCCAAUCUGCUAUACUUCCACAUCUUGGACCAACUGAACCAGUGUGACCACUACAGCCCAGAUCCUGAUUAUUUUUUACUACAGCAUAACUUGCGAAAAUUCAGCCGGGACAUUCAGACCUUUCCCUGUGGUCCUACCCAGUUGGCUGAGAUGAUCUUUAAUCUUCUUCUGGAAGAAAAAAGAAUUCUGAAUCAGGCCCAAAGGGCUCAAGUGGAGCAAGACAGGCCAACUGUUGAAACAAGGGUGGAGAGCCAACAGUUUGAGAUUGAAUCCCGGAUCCUGGAUUUACAGACUAUGGUGGAGAUGUUGGUGAAGUCUAUCAGGCAACUAAAAGAUCUGCAGGAUGUCUUCAGCUUCAGAUACACGAUUCAAAAGAAGACAUCCUCUUCGGACCCACAUCAGAGCCAACAGCUGCAGCUUGUGCAGAAAACUGCCAAUGACCUGGACAAAAUGAGAAAGGAGGUGCUAGAUACCUCCAAAGCACUAGUAGGCCGAUUAACCACCUUGAUUGACCUGCUGCUGCCAAAGUUGGAUGAGUGGAAAGGGCAGCAGCAGAAAUCCUGUAUUGGAGCCCCACGACCUGACCUCAACCUACAUCAGCUGGAAGAGUGGUUCACGGCUGGAGCAAAACUGUUGUUUCACCUACGGCAGCUGCUAAAACAGCUAAAGGAAAUGGGUCACAUGGUUCAGUAUGAGGGUGACACUUUUGAAAAAGGAGUGGAUCUGCAAAAUGCCCAAGUCACAGAGUUGCUACAACGUCUACUCCAAAGAGCCUUUGUGGUGGAAACUCAGCCCUGCAUGCCCCAAACUGUCGGUCGCCCCCUUAUCCUGAAAACUGGAAGCAAGUUCACUGUUCGAACAAGGCUGCUAGUACGACUCCAGGAAGGCAAUGUGUCACUCACAGCAGAAGUCUUCAUCGACAGGAAUUCUCAGUUACAAGGCUUCCGGAAAUUCAACAUUCUGACCUCCAACCAAAAAACCUUGACCCCUGAGAAGGGGCAGAGACAAGGCUUAAUUUGGGACUUUGGCUUCUUGACGCUGUUGGAGCAACGUUCAGUUGGUACAGGAAAGGGUACCAAUAAGGGGCCGCUGGCUGUGACAGAGGAGUUACACAUCAUCAGCUUCACAGUCCAGUACACAUACCAGGGUCUGAAGAUGGAGCUGCAAACGGACACUCUUCCUGUGGUGAUUAUUUCUAACAUGAGUCAACUCUCCAUUGCCUGGGCCUCAGUUCUCUGGUUCAAUAUGCUCAGCCCAACCCCCCAGAACCGGCAGUUCUUCUGCAAACCUCCCAAGGCCCCUUGGAGCUUGCUGGGGCCUGUUCUCAGCUGGCAGUUCUCCUCCUCUAUUGGCCGAGGCCUCAAUUCAGAGCAGCUGGGCAUGCUGAGGAACAAGCUGUUUGGAAAGAACUGCAAGAUGGAGGAUGCAUUGUUGUCCUGGUCGGACUUUAGUAAGCGAGAAAGCCCCCCUGGCAAGAUUCCAUUCUGGACAUGGUUGGACAAAAUCCUGGAGCUGGUACAUGACCACCUGAAGGAUCUCUGGAAUGAUGGUCGCAUCAUGGGCUUUGUGAGCCGGACCCAGGAGCGUCGACUGCUGAAGAAGACCGUCUCUGGCACCUUUCUGUUGCGCUUCAGUGAAACUUCUGAAGGGGGCAUUACCUGCUCCUGGGUGGAGCACCAGGAGGAUGAUAAGGUGCUCAUCUACUCCGUGCAGCCCUACACCAAGGAGGUACUGCAGUCUCUUCCCCUGACUGAAAUCAUCCGCCACUACCAGGUUCUUGCUGAAGAGAACAUCCCCGAGAACCCGCUACGUUUCCUCUACCCCCGAAUCCCUCGGGAUGAGGCUUUUGGCUUCUACUACCAAGAAAAAGUCAACCUUGAAGAACGGAGGAAAUACCUGAAACACCGGCUCAUUGUGGUCUCUACCAGACAGGUGGAUGAGCUGCAGCAACCACCAGAGCUUAAACUGGAGCCAGAACUGGAGUCUUUAGAGCUGGAUCCAGGGUUGGUGUCAGUGACAGAGUUAGGACAAGACCUGGAGUUAGAGUCACUGCUGAAAGCAGGACUGGAUCUGAAUCUAGAGCCCUCACUAUGCAUGGCCCCACAAAGAAUGCUGGGGCCAGACCUGAGACCUGCACUGCAGCCAUUGCAAGAGCCAGAUUUGCCCCAUGAUCUGCAGCAGUUGAACACCAUGGAAAUGGAAAUCUUCAGAAACAACAUAAAGAUUGAAGAUAUCAUGCCCCAUGGUGACCCACUGUUGGCUGGCCAGAGCAUCAUGGAUGAGGCUUACAUUUCCUGUCGUAGCCAUUUUGAUGUGGAUGGACCAUUGAUUCCUUCUGAUGACUAGGAAUUAUAUCUCCUCUGUUAUUUCUGUAUCUUUUGCCUCUCCUACCAUCAAUAUCAGGUUAGUGCCUUCCAAGGAUGGAAAAUCAGGCAUUCUAAGCUGAGUUAACCAUAAACUUUGGAAUGAGAGGUAAAAGUUUAACAUGGUAUUGAAGGGGCACCAAAGAAUCAGAACAGAUGGUGGCACAUGCCUUUAGUUACAGCACUCAGGAGGCAGAGGCAGGCAGAUCUCCAUGAGAUCAAGGCCAGCCUGGUGUACAUAGUGAGUUCCAGAACAGCUGGGGCUACAGGAAGACCC